CAGUGCACGAGCCGAACGAAGCAGACGGUCCACACUGCAGCCGAAGCUGAUACAUUCGCUCAGGGAAUACAUAUCAAUAAACCGCGAGGCUGUUUCUUCACAGGAAUACGACUCGAUCGCGGACGCAUGUGAGCGUGCACAUGCCUGGCUGGGACUGUAAACCAUGGCUCUGACACAAGUGUGGCUCUCUCUGCCUCUGCUCCUGUAACCACAGAGAAACUAUUUGGAUCUUUUCGCAAAAGCUGCUUUUUUAUUUUUCCCUCCAUUGAUUUACAAAUAAUUAAUGCUGGAAAUAUUCUCCGGAUGGUGACCUCGGACUGGACUACCUGUUUUCAACUGAUUCGCUUAAUAGGAGAGGAAGGGACUGAAAGACUUGCGCUCGCUGCCUUUUCUCUGGUUUAACAAGGCACCUUGGAGAUAAUUGAAAAUCGAGAAGGACUGCUGUAUUCACACAUUUUACACAGAGGGUGUUAUAUCCUCCGAACUCCUACCUUUACGUGUUUUGGUGAAUGGGGGUAACUCUGGUGCUGGAGCCUUGACACCGCUGGGACAGGGACUGGGACGGGGGUGCGUGGAGCGUCGGAUCACCCAGGAUUGUGUUCCCUUCGCUCUCUCUCCUGGGUCUAUUUACAUGUCCAUCCUGACUGCUUCAUGACAAUGGAUUACUUUCUGCUUUUAUGCAGCAUCUUGCUGCCUUUGGUGUCCUCCGUUGAAGAGACGCUGAUGGAUACAAAGUGGGCGACGACAGAAUUAGCCUGGACUGCACACCCUGAGACCGGGUGGGAAGAGGUGAGUGGCUAUGAUGAUGCCAUGAACCCCAUCCGGACUUACCAAGUCUGCAAUGUACGUGAGCUCAACCAGAAUAACUGGCUACGCAGUGACUUCAUCCCACGAAAGGAUGUGCUGCGUGUAUAUGUGGAGAUGAAAUUCACAGUGCGUGAUUGCAACAGCAUUCCUAACAUCCCAGGUUCUUGCAAAGAGACCUUCAACCACUUCUACUAUGAGUCUGACUCAGACUCAGCCACAGCCACCAGCCCUUUCUGGAUGGAGAACCCAUAUGUGAAGGUGGACACUAUUGCUCCAGAUGAGAGCUUUUCCAUGCUUGAAACUGGGCGGGUAAACACAAAAGUCAGAAGUUUCGGGCCAUUGUCCAAAGCUGGGUUCUACUUGGCCUUCCAGGACCUUGGUGCCUGCAUGUCGCUCAUCUCGGUGAGGGUCUUUUACAAAAAGUGCUCCACCACCAUCGCCAACUUCGCCGUUUUCCCAGAGACAGCAACUGGGGCUGAGGCUACCUCCUUGGUCAUUGCCCCGGGAACUUGUGUCCCCAAUGCCGUGGAGGUGUCUGUGCCAUUGAAGCUUUAUUGCAAUGGAGACGGAGAGUGGAUGGUUCCCGUGGGAGCCUGCACCUGCUCGUCUGGUUUUGAACCAGCCAUGAAGGACACCCAAUGUCAAGCUUGCAGCCCUGGCACCUUUAAGUCCAAGCAGGGUGAUGGCUUCUGCUCGCCCUGUCCGGUCAACAGCCGUGCCAGUUCAGGAGCCUCCAGCGUCUGCUCCUGUCGAACCGGGUUCUACCGCUCAGACAGUGAUGCUCCCGAGUCCCCCUGCACCACUAUUCCUUCUGCACCACGUAGUGUAAUAUCCAUUGUGAACGAGACCUCACUCGUGCUGGAAUGGAGCGACCCUCGGGACCUGGGUGGCCGUGAAGACAUCUUCUACAACGUCAUCUGUAAGAAGUGCCUGCCUGAGCGGGGAAUGUGCUCGCGGUGUGAUGACAACGUUGACAUCUCACCACGCCACCUGGGCCUCACCCAGCGCCGUGUGGCUGUCCGUAACCUACAAGCCCACACGCAGUACAGCUUCGAGAUUCAGGCAGUCAACGGUGUUUCCAACAAGAGCCCAUACUCACCUCACUUCUCUUCAGCGAACAUCACCACCAAUCAGGCUGCUCCGUCUGCAGUGCCUACAGUUCACCUGAUGGCGGCCACAGCGAGCACCAUGAGCCUGUCCUGGCUGCCUCCAGAGAAACCCAACGGAAUCAUUCUGGAUUAUGAGAUUAAGUACCAUGAGAAGGUAAGAAGCUAUGAUCAAGGUGAGGCCAUUGCCCAUACCAUGACUGCCCAAAGAAGCAACGCCCGUAUUGAAGGUCUCAAGGCCGGUACGCCUUAUGUGGUGCAGGUCCGUGCCCGAACAGUGGCCGGUUACGGUCGUUACAGCAGCCCAGCCGACUUCAGCACCAACCUGCAAACUGACCCUCCAAAGUCAUGGCAGGAGCAGCUGCCACUCAUCGUGGGAUCCGCCACCGCCACCUUGGUCUUCAUCAUUGCAGUUGUGGUCAUCGCUAUUGUUUGCCUCAGAAAGCAGAGAAAUGGUUCAGAGUCGGAGUACACAGAGAAACUGCAGCAGUACAAAUCCCCUAUAGUAACGCCGGGAAUGAAAGUCUACAUUGACCCCUUCACCUAUGAGGACCCCAACGAGGCUGUGCGCGAGUUUGCGAAGGAGAUCGACGUCUCCUGCGUGAAGAUCGAGGAGGUCAUCGGCGCAGGUAACCCACCAAAGCUCCUGAGCUACAGGGGGAAGGCUGCUAGUCACCUCCAGGCCAUACCGUUAGAGGACUUCACACCAAGCGGAGAGUUUGGAGAAGUGUGUCGUGGUCGCCUCAAGCUGCCUGGGCGUCGAGAGAUCAUCGUAGCCAUCAAGACUCUCAAAGUGGGCUACACUGAUCGUCAGAGGCGGGACUUCCUGUCUGAAGCUUCCAUCAUGGGGCAGUUUGACCACCCCAACAUCAUCCGCCUGGAAGGUGUGGUCACCAAGAGUCGGCCCGUGAUGAUUGUGACGGAGUUCAUGGAGAAUGGAGCACUGGACUCUUUCCUAAGGCUCAAUGACGGCCAGUUCACAGUGAUCCAGCUGGUUGGCAUGUUGCGUGGUAUCGCAGCAGGCAUGAAGUACCUGUCGGAUAUGAACUACGUGCACAGAGACCUGGCUGCCCGUAACAUCUUGGUCAACAGUAAUCUGGUCUGUAAAGUGUCUGACUUCGGCCUAUCUCGUUUCCUUGAGGAUGACGCUACAGACCCCACAUACACCAGCUCCCUGGGAGGAAAAAUCCCCAUUCGCUGGACGGCUCCCGAGGCGAUUGCUUACAGGAAGUUCACCUCCGCCAGUGAUGUGUGGAGCUAUGGCAUUGUCAUGUGGGAAGUGAUGUCAUAUGGCGAGCGGCCCUACUGGGACAUGAGCAAUCAAGAUGUGAUAAAUGCCGUGGAGCAGGACUAUCGACUGCCCCCACCCAUGGACUGCCCCACAGCACUGCACCAGCUCAUGUUGGACUGCUGGGUGAAAGAGAGGAACCUGCGACCCAAAUUCACCCAGAUUGUAGCCACGCUGGAUAAACUUAUCCGCAAUGCUGCCAGCCUCAAAGUGGUCACCAACAGCGCACAAUCCACUGGUAGGGUAUCCCAGCCCUUGCUUGACCGCUGUGUGCCAGACUAUACCACUUUCACCACUGUGGGGGACUGGCUGGACGCCAUCAAGAUGAACCGCUACCGUGACAACUUCGUCAACGCCGGAUUUGCUUCUUUUGACCUGGUGGCCCAGAUGACGGCAGAGGACUUGCUUCGGAUAGGAGUAACGCUUGCCGGCCAUCAGAAGAAGAUUCUCGGUAGCAUUCAGGACAUGAGACUACAGAUGAACCAAACACUUCCUGUCCAGGUGUGAGCGACAGGACAGAUAAACCCAUGCAGUCGAAGGACAGCCAGACAGGAAAAAGGGGGAGGAACUGUGCCAGAGAGAGCCAUUGGAAAACCCUAGCUGCCUGACCCAUCUCUGCCAAUUAGACGCUAUAAAACUGGCUUGCAGUGCCUCUGACAAUUUUUUUCUUUAUUUCACUACCACUUCCUGUUCCUGAUUUUGUGUUAUUCGUCAUUGUUGCUUUUCCAUCCAAUGAGAAUUUGUGUGUUUUUGAAAGAGGAAGAAGAGUAAACCCCCUUAUACCCCAUGCGUGCCUCACUAGCUCCGGUGUGGGUUGACGUUUGCAUGCAUGUGUGUUUUAGUGAGGUUGGCCUUAGCCCUGUAACUGAAAUGUCACACUCCCCAUGACCUCUCAACCCAGCUUGAAGAUGAACUUUAUAACCAGUACAGAAUGAACACCCUGGUGUAAAAAAAGUGAACAAAUGCUCACUCCCAAAAGAAGGAAAACAAAAACCGAGAUGUUUUGGACCCACAGGACAUACAGGACCAUUCUUUCCCUGAUAGCAGUGGUUUUACUGUGCACGCGUGUCAUUCUCCAUCUUCAUAUUGAAGGUGUAUUAUACACUUGCUGGAUAAGGGUGAGGUGGUGGAAGAAAAUGUAUGAUGGGCUGAGGUCAAAGGUCAAGAGGAUGACAGAGGUUGAAAAGGUCAAAGGAGGCCAGCCACAUUUUUGGACACUUUUGCUGAAUCCUCCAUAGGUCAAAAGAUGAACUCUUCACCCUGACCUGAAGUGACUCAGGAUAGCUCCACAGCUUGGGAUCACCUGCUCAUCAUCUGUUCUUUUACACAUACAAGUGGUUUAUUUUUAUUCGUCCACACACUUUUUUUCUUCUUUUUUUUUGGCUUUCUUACACAUUUGUGGGAGAUUUGUGGUUUCAAAAUGGCCGGUCAAACCUAAGUACCCCAACUGAACGCUGUAUGUGAUUAAGGGGAGACGAGGACUGUGGCAACACUAUAGAAAGACCACUUGGCCUUUUGUGUGCGUUUUUGUAUGUGUGCGUGCGUGCACAUAUGUGCGUGUAUGUGUGAUUAAGUGUGCUUGGAUGUGUGGGUGUGUCAAGUUGCACUCAAGUAUACUGUACAAUACAGCUUCCGCUAUUUGCCACCGUGGAGAAUUAACGCAUGAACUGAACUGUGACAUGGAGCAAAUAUAUCUGAAACAACUACGCUAUAUUCUGUGGACAACUGUUAAACAUUCUUUUUAAUUGAAUCCAAAAAAUGAACUCACAACACAUAUAUAUAUAUACAUCUAUAUAUAUGUACAAUGCAGAGACUGAGAGAAACCAUGAUGGACACCAUCUGGAUUUAGAAAUAAUCAAAAUUCUUAUUUUAAUAUCUUGACAUCCUGCCCUAUGUAUUUAUUUGUACCUCGCCUACCAAUCCCCGCCCCCCACCAACCCCCAGAUGGACUGAAUUUGGGACAGUGGACUUGGAACAAUCAGAAGGAAAAGAGACUCAAAGAGGAUUCGCCUAAUGAAUUGCUGAUUAUUAAACAAAAGAAAUUGCAUAUAAAUUGGAUAUUGUAUUUUUGUUGUUGUUCUAAACAGCCUGUAAAUGUUUUGUAACAAAAAUACUAUAAAUAACAAAAGAAAAAUGGUGUUUUGACAAAAUGAAAGUGUUGUGAUGUUUGAUUUAGAGUGAAAUUAACAGAACGAAAAGUAAAAAAAGAGAAAGUCAGGAGAGAGAGAGAGAGCUAUAACACCCGUGGUUAGACAUGUUGCCCUUUUGUUAUUCAUCCAUUGUUGUGUGAGUGUUAGUGUAGGUGCAUUCAAGUGUGUGUGCCACCUGACCUGGAUGUGAUGCUUCCGCAAUCCAUUCUCAUUCUCAAUAUACAGAGCAUCUGUGAACCACUGAGCUGUUACUAAUCGUCUUCUAGUCACAUUAAUCUAAACUAAAAUACUCCUGCAAAACACUCAAAUGUUUACCUAGGUUUUUAAUUUGUCUUAUCUACCAUCACCUCCAACAAAAGGAUCCUCCUAAACUCUUUAUACUGAAGAGUAGUAUGUACAACUCUUAAGGUAUCAUUAGGGAGAAUGUUCAGAGAUGAUGCAACCAAUCAUUUCAAUCACCCCAGAGGCAGAGCUCCAUCAGUAGACCUGAAGUUUGCCUUCCUGCAACAGGAUCCUCAUCAGAGAAUCCAGAGCUGUCAAGAGAAACCUAUUGGUCUUUGUCUGUCAGCUCGAUUAAUGCAGCAGCCAAUCUGGCAUUGUGAGUAUACGAGCAUCCAGUGAGCGCAGACAUACAGGGUUCUGACCUAUCAUUAUCUCUCUUCAUUUCCUGUCUGGCCUGCAAUCAUCCUGUCUCAGCUCAGGCUGCUGCGUGAUUAGUACAGUGCAGGAUCAACAGCCCUGGCAUGACAGAAAAAAAUCUGCAGACCCCCUCAUCCUAAAUGAUAGCAGCUGCAUCACGGAGAAUGUACUAUUUGUACUUCUCACUGAGGGGUGUUUGAUAGUAGUGGAUUGUGGGAUGGGGCUGCACCGCUGCUGUGAUCUUCCAGACAGAGUCCAUAUUGUUCGGGUUGGAGCUGAUCAAUGCAAUAUGUGAAUAAUAUUAGUGAGCUGUCUAAUAAUAGCAUGAUGUUAGCGGCUAAGCAUUGUCUUCCCAUUUUACUUUAGUCCGCCUCUCAAAAGCCAUGGAGGAUAUUAUGCAAAAACACAUGUUCCCUGUUUUAUAUUAUUUCUUCUUAUUCUACAUACAAACGUUUUUAAUUAUUCUAGUACCGUAUAAACCUGUAACAGUUGUAGCACACAAUCAAGUAGUAAUUUGACUGUUGUGUUCUCAAACUACAGGAAUUAAGUCUCAUAUCCCUUCAUUGUUUUCACCGGUGGAAGUGCAGUUUUCUGAUGGCUGAGAAUCAGAAGCGCUUGUAUUGCCAGCGUUAUCUAUUAUUUUGAUGAGAAUGUGCUCAAAAUACUUGUUAGUUAAGCCAACAUUUGUCUUCAUAUAAUUCUGCAGAUUUAUUUUGUUUCUCCCCAAAGCUAAAACAUCAUUUUGAUUGGAAACGAGUGACAGUCUACUUUUGGAAAUGAGAGAAGAGCAGAAUUAAUGCAAUCAGAAGCUCACUUUCACCCAAAGUCUCCCAGGAAUAUUCAAUUGUACUCCCUUCUGCACUGAGCUCAAUUAUUCAAUCAGCUAAGCCCCACUGUUGUAGAGUCGCUUGUGGCACCAAAAAGACACUGAUGAGCAUACAAAUAGAGGAGGGGGGCAAAUGGGGGCUAAACACAAUCAGAUGGCAGACAUGCCCACUCGUGAAAAAUGGCUGCGCUUUGGAGCUUGAACCAUUGAUGAGGUGCACAUGGUGCGCUGUGGUCUGGAGUUGUGUUCACCAAAUUCAACUGGCCGUGAGUGAUGAGCUCAACUGGCACUGUAGCGCAUCUUAAAAUGAUUAAACUGCCACCACAUCAACUGAAAACAAUUAAUCAUUAAGUGGAUCUUUCACACAUUCAUGGCAGUGUUUCAUACUUAACAUUCACAGAUAGGAAAGAAACCCCUCUUACAGAUGCUUGCUGAAAUUAAGAUCGACUGUUAUGUUUGUUCGUGUGUAAAAAAAAGGUUUCUAUUUUAUACAGAAACACUUUGAUCAGCAGAGGUUAGGCUUUUUCAGAUGUGGUAUCUCUUUGUGUGCCAAUAAGAUUCAAACUUUCCCAACAUUCCUUCCACCUUUCCUUUCCUAUUUUACAUCCUUCACAGAUCAUCAAACACACCCACCCUUCCCGUAAACCAUACACUAACAACUCUAAUUUUCUUUUCUUCAGUUGUCUGUUUUGAAUAAAUAUAUACAGUACUGUCUUUUCUUCUGUCCUCUAACAAGCUAACUCCACAUCUGUAUUUUGUUUACUUUUGAAAGCUCCUCUUGUUACAAGGAAGUGAGAUGUUUCCGAGAGUAAAUGUAUAGUGAGCUGCAAAGGGGGACAGAGUAAAGUGCUGAGAAAUGCAAUUGUUAAUUCCUCUUUGAAAAGCAUUAAGAUGUAUUUAAUGGUGCAGGCAUACACAAACAAUUACUAAAAAUGAUGGUGCAUUCUUGUAGAAAUAUUUUUAAAAGACCCUUUUGCAAUUAAAUUAUUUAAGAAAUGUGA